AUGCCACCUACUUUCAGAUCUUCACGCUCCGGCCGUCAAUUCGGCGAUGGCGCCAACCGCACUAGAACCGGCCAGAUCGACCACGAUGUCUUCGAAGGCUUCCGGUUCGACGAUGGACGCGCCAGCUACAGACCGUCUCCCAAACCCCCAAGCUGGACGGACAGGAGUCAUUCAGCGCUCCUCCGUGCGGCCCGUGCGGGGUGCAUAUAUAUUCGCAAAGCCACAAAAGAUGCAGAGGACGAAGAAAAGGAGGUUACAGAUGUGGAAGAACAGCCGGCCUUGCAGACUACGGAGCGUAGCUUUGUUACGCGCAAGUGGACCACGGUCCCCAGGCACUUGGAGAAUUCAGAGGUCGAGUUUCUUGCUAAGAGACGACCGGGCUUGCCGUCAUUAUAUGGUGCCACAACCGCCGGUGCCAAUGGCGCUGAGAAUGGGUCUGCGCCAAUGAGGAGGACCCGUUUCAAGAAAGUUGACCCAAACAGUGGAAACAUCUCUAUCUACGAGGCCUGGGUGCCGGAAGGGCAUAAGAUUGAAGGAGAAAUUACCGACGACUCUCAACUGGUACCAGAAAACAGCGAAGCAAUUGUAACACCCGAGGCGCCUGCUCCUGGAACAGUUAUUGAAGGUGUUGGCGUGGUCAAUGCAGAAGGUGUGGUUGUGGCAGAUCCAGCCUCAGCGGCUGUCAUGACUCCUCCGAAGAGGCGCCCCCCACCUCCUAAACGUAAGGCGAAGGGCUUCGGGAAAGGAAGGAGGAAGAAGGUCAUGUUCGCUCCUGGCGAGGGAGCAGAUGCAAACGCCGUACACGGAGCCGGCACUGGACCUGUCGAUGGCACUGCCGAAACAGGUUAUGGUAAAGAGGGUGCGGAUAGGUCGCGGAUUUCAGUCGACCAAAAUGGGCAGGAAGAAGAAGAAGAAGAUGCUGAGGAGGGCGAGGAAAGUGACGACGGCGAUGAGUCAAUGUUAGAUGCUAAGACUCCAGAGACCCCACUUCACCAACCAAGUGCAGAGCCGACAACUGAUCCUGCAUCUGAACCUGUGCCGGAAGUAGUUCCUACUUCUACUGCACCCGCUACGGAAACCGUGGUUGCUUCACAACCGCCAGCUCCAAACCCCCCAGCCGUCGCGUCAGAAUUAACUGCGCAAGCACUCCCACAGCCACCUGCAGUGUCCACUGUAUCAUUCGCACCACAGCAACCCUGCCAGCCUGUUCAGCCAAGCACUGAUCUACCAAGUUCUACCACGCCCCCUGCAAAGCCAACACAAGAAGUGACACCUGCUGAGGAUGUGGAGAUGACCGGUGUCAACCCCGAGCUGCCCGCUAUCGAUGCUAAUGCUGCAUCCCUACCCCAGACAACACCGAAUACUCAACAGCAGACAGCCCCGGAGAUCAUUGAAGCACCGACUGAGACAGCCACGGGCGCAGUCCCCGCACAACUUCAACACAUCCCGCAGGUCACUGCACCGGACUCAUUCCCUGUCGUGAGGAGUGAAGACCCAACUGGGAAGCCAUUGGAAGCCCCUUCGAUAGGACAGACUGACUUGGCAGCCCAAGCAAGCAUCGAGGAUGAGAAUGUGAAAUUGGAACCCCCGGCUGGCCUUCCCCAGAUGCCGCCACCAGGACAAGCUCCUCAGCCAGAGCAGGCACUCGAGCCACAACAGACUACCCAGCCAGGACAAACUCCCCACCCACAACCGACCCAUCAGUUAGAAGACACCCCCCAGUCAGAACAAACUGCCCAACCAAAACAAGCCCCUCAGCCGGAACAGAUUCCCAAACCAGAGCCAACUCCGUAUCCCGAGCCGGCUUUACAGCAGCUAGCCGCCCAGCCAGCUGAGGAUAUUGUGGAGGACAAUGGUUCCAGUCUCUUGGACAGUUUAGAAGCAAGUUUAGGACAUGCUCCUGGCGUCGAGCAAGAGGGCGAGGCUCCGUUUGGCGAUCAAACAGAAGCUCUACCUGACCACAACGCCGGUCAUCCCAGUACGGAGACUACCCAGCAACCUACACCCAUGGAGGUAGACGUUGACACCAUGGACCGGUAUACUGAGCCAAGUUUGCAAUCAGCAGCAACACAACCUGCAGCGCCCAUCGAGCCGGUGGCCGAUCAACCACCUACACACGCCCCUGAAAUUGCUACUGAAAACAGCGCAGAGCAAGCCACGGAACUCCCUAUGGAACAGCAGAUACAGCCCCCGGCGGAGACGCCAAUAGAACCAUCAAUAGAGCCUGCUACUCAAGAAUUUACGCAGCCUUCUGUCGAGCAGCUAGUCGAACCUACCAUGGAACAGAUUGAGCCGAAAGCGGAGGAGCUGGCCCCAGUGCAGGUGGAAGAACCACUUGGAGAGCCCCAAGGGGCACAACAACCUGAAGCACAGCCAGAACCGAUUCCACAACAGAGCUCAGCACAGGAAAAGGAACCUGCUCCGGAUAGUAAUUCAGAACCACCUGCAGCGUCACUCCCAGAACUACCGCAAGAAACACCUAUCGAGCAGAUUCCACAGCCUACGGAGCAAGCAGUAGCGCAUUCUUCCCUGGAAGCACCGGUGAAGCCAUCAAUGGAACAAGUAGACGAGCGGCCCGAUGCUUCUCGGCCAGAGACGACACAGCCUCUCCAAGAGGUUGAGCCUGUGCCAACACAGCAACCGGUCGAACCCCAGUCACCCCGGACUGCGACUCCACCUGCACCAACCGUUACAGAAGACGCCCAGCCUAGACCCAUUGAGAACAAUGAAGCCAGUGAAGCCCACGAGCUCACUGCACCCAAUUUCUCUCCAAUCUCUGACCUGAACCCUGAGCUUGAAAAAAAGGAGGAAACAGAAGCACAGCCAAAAACAGGGGAGGCACCGGCACCAGCAGCACCGGGGCCUGACAUUGUUCAAAACCCAUCGAACUAA